UCGGAUUCCAAUGGCUUCUUGUCUAGUAUUUUGAAUGCUGCUAAUAAUAUCAUCUCAUCUACUGUUACGGAUGAUAACAAGAUAGAAGCCAGCACCACAAGUGUCACUUCGGGCCGCACCAAAGAACACUCCUUCUCGAACAGACUUGACUUCUUGCUCAAACCAGCAAGAUUUGGUAGUUCAAAAAGCUCGUUCGAUGAAGAGCAGGCAGACAUCCUUAUGAAUACGGAUAAUGCUGAGGUUAAAGAGCCCAGCGAACCAAAAAUGCCGUCUUCACCUCUUUCGACGGUUAAUGUACAGUUUGAAUCUAUCAGAGAGUCUCCUUUAAAUACGUUGGGACAGGGUGAUCUUUCUCUUGCUGCUUUUGAUAAAGCACAGCCAAAGAAGACAAGAAGCAGGUUCUUGGCAUCACCACGUGAAUCUACAGACAACUUGGUGGACAUCAAGAGAAGCUUGAGUCCCGAUAUUGUCAAUCGCCAAUCUUCAAAUGCAGUAAACACGGUCUCAGAUGUGAAAAGACCUCGUAGAAAAUCCAAUAUAGUAACGGCUAGUUCAGUUCCUACAGUCGGUGAUUCUAACUCAAAGCUGAGAAGCACAGAUGCUGACUUGGAUGAAAGCGACGCCGCAUUAUAUUCAGAAGACGAGUCUUCUGACAGGGAUGAAUCUGAAGUCAUAGACUACUCCAAUCUUAAGUAUGCAUCGAGAAAGAGAAACAAAGAGUUCCAUUCAGUAUUCAAGAAGCUUCCACUGAGCGAUCCAUUGAUUGACGAUUUCAGCUGUGCAUUGUCGAAGGAUAUAUUAGUUCAAGGGAGAAUGUAUUUAAGUAGCAACUACAUUUGCUUCAACUCCAAUAUCUUAGGCUGGGUCACUAACUUGGUGAUACCGUUACAAGAAGUGAUACAAGUAGAGAAGAAAUCGACAGCCGUAUUGUUUCCAAAUGGUAUGAUUAUCAGAACUUUGCAUCAUAGAUAUGUUUUUGCUACAUUUUUGAGUCGUGACACCACAUUCAAUCUAAUCACCAAUGUCUGGCACAAGGUGUUAUUAGAAACAGCAGAUGAUAGUAAAUUAGCGGUCAAGAGAAGAGCAAGAGGCAAUUCAAGAUCAACAGGCGCUUCUAAGUCUGUAAGUAGAGACAGAUACGACGGUACUAAUUCCUUGAACGAUGAAUAUGACAUUUCUGAAGUCGACAGUCGAAGAGAUGUUCUUUCAGCACUGCAUGACGAAGAAGACGAUUUCGAUGGCAGUUUCAGUUCUUUAUCUCUACACAGCGAUAAGGAUAACGACGACGAAGAGGCAGGAAGUGACAGUGGAUCUGUUAAGGGCGGCGAUCAUACGCCGAGCUCUGCAAACAAGUCCAUGAGUAGAGAUGAAGGCACAAAUGGUUCUACUGAACAAGGUGCUAACACAUUCAAAGGCUUCCCAAUGGUAGGGCCAAUGGCUCAUGCUCCUACUGAUAUUAACUAUACUAAAAAAGCCAGCGAAACAUUCAUUUCAGAAGGUGUAUUGAAAGCACCUGUUGGUGCUGUAUUUUCAAUAUUGUUUGGCGCUGAUACUUCUUUGUUUAUUAAGAUCUUGAAGAAGCAAAAGAAUUUCGAUAUCACCGAGUCUGAAAUUACGCCAUUAUCACCUAAAAAUAAGGAAAGACACUACAGCUACAUUAAGCCGUUGGGUGGGCCGAUUGGCCCCAAGCAAACAAAGUGUAUAAUAGUUGAAAAGAUCACUGAGUUCAAUCCAGAAAAUUACAUCUUGGUUGAACAAGUUACGUCGACUCCAGAUGUUCCUAGUGGAAACUCGUUUUCUGUGAAGACUAAAAUGUUUUUCAGUUGGGUCGAGUCUAACCAUACAAGAUUAUACGUGGUCACCUCCAUUGAAUGGACAGGUAAAUCUUGGAUCAAAGGAGCUAUAGAAAAAGGUAGCAUUGAUGGCCAGAAAGAAUCUAUGAAGGUCAUUAUGGACUCUUUAGAUGAAAUGAUUAGUACCGGAAACGAAGGUGCUGGUAAAGGCAAGCAAGCUAAGAGUAAGAAGAAGGGCACUAGAAGCAGAAAAAACACUAUCGUCAAGAAGCCGUCAAUUGAGAAAGAACCGGAGGUAGUCAAGGAGUUGGGAGUUGGAGAGAAAUUCAUGGAUUUUGUAGAAUCGUUGGGCAAGCUCUUGCCCAUACCGUAUUUGGGGGACUUGAUAACAGGGUUUAUCGUACUUUUUAUAGGGAUCAUGAUCUCAUUUCGAUUAUUCAAUGCGAUAACCGGCGGGUCUAGCAAGAGAGUUCAAUUCAUUCCCGAAGAUUCGUAUGUCUCCAAAAUCAGAAUAGACGACAACAAGUAUAUCAUCAUUCCAAGCAUCGAUACAAACUUUCACAACAAGAAGAUUGUUAUGGAAAAUGAAGUCAACCUCUGGAACUGGGUCAGAGAGAGAAGUGAAGACAAAAUCAAGAUAGUGUCUGACGACAAUAGUAGUUCAGGGCCGAUAGGUAAAAGUGAUGCACGCAAGGACUAUGCAGACCAGGAAGUUUACGAGAUAGUGAAGAUCACUCAAAUGAAGCUCGGACAGCUUUCUGAGAAGUUGAAAUAG